UUCAAAUAAAAAAAGAAGAAACCUUUAUAAUGAUAAUGAAUAUGUAUUCAAUAACUAUGGUUUUUUGCUUGAUCUUAUCUGGGAACAAUUUAAAAUCAAUUUUAGCGGAAGCAUCUUACGGGAGUCUCGAAGAUGCUAGAGCAGGCGGCUUGAAAUCGGAAGAUUUGGACAAAUAUCUUGCUGAUACCGAAGACCGUGACACAAGUCUACAAGAUAGAUCUAACAGAAAUAUUGAUCCUUACAAUGAAGAGGAAUUCGGCAAAAGGAGAUUUUAUGAUACGGAGGAUGAUAACAUGGAUCAAAGAAUGAAAUUUGAUAACAUGGGCUUAGAUCUUGAUGAACUUAGAGCUCUUAGCAAAUUAGUUAAAAGAGGCAAGUUAGACGCUUUGAAAAUGCCACCGCGCGAAGGCAAUGCUAUGUAUAGGAGAAUGAGAGCGGAAAGUGAUGAUUACCCCGUUAAAGCGCGUAGUAUAGAUAAGGGAGUUCCCUAUGAAUACAAAGUUGGCGAAUACACUUUUCUGGGGAAUCCGGUGUCCCAGAAGAAAAAAAUGUCGAGACGCAAAAGAGUGAAUAGAAAUAUUGAUAAUUCAGUUAUAAUAAAAAGAAUCGAUCCAGAAUGGAGUGUUUACUAUUAAUCGACGAAAGCGGAGACGUUAUAUAAAGAAUAUUAUAUAAAUUUCUUUGUUAAUUAAAU